AGAGGGAGAGAGGGAGGGAGUGGGAGAGAGGGAGAAAGGUUGGACUCUCACGGAGAAAAAUAAUAGGCCUACUCUUUUUUUAUGAGUUUAGAACUCGAGAGAACUAAAACCCCUUGGGUAUCAACAACAGUCUACGCCAGAAAGAGGGAAAGAGGAGGCGUGUAAAAGAAAAGGGUUGGAGGACAAACAUUUUGGCUUGCUGCAACUAGCUUCUGUCAGACAUGACUAACUAGCCAACUGACAAACUGAUUUUUAAUACAAUGCCGUGGAACUUAGAAAUACAUGUUAUCAACCGAAAUAACUCACUUAAGUUCCUCCGUUGAGACUGCAAAGAACGAUUUAUAAUUUUAGACCGUUUUUGAAGAUGACGAGAACGCGAGGCUGAUUCAUUUUCAAUAACCUACUUUUGUGCUUAAAACAUUGAAGGGAAAACUUUUUUUGCUCACUGUGACUAUAGCCUAUGUGCAUUGGAACCGGUUUUUCCACUGCUGCUUCGAUUUUCUGUUGUUUUCCGUUGUGUUCAUGCCUGACAGUUUUCACGGAAAACAGAUCCACGUAGCCGAACGCAGUCGGCGCCCAAGUUGUUCUGAUGAACUUCAGAUAACAGCACCACUCCUUAUCCUUCAGUCCCAACCUUCAACCACCACCACCUCCUUGUCUCCCCGGUGGUCUGGUCGGUCGGAGGGAGCCCCAGGAUGACAGACCCUGACGUGGCUGAAGGGGAUGGCCUGGCCGAGGUGAACGCCUGCAGCCUGGAGAUCGAGAGGAAGUAUGAGCUCAUCCCUGCCGUCAUCUGCUCCAUGUGCUGCCUGUUCGGCAUCAUCUACUGCUUCAUUGGAUAUCGCUGCUUCAAGGCAGUCAUGUUCCUGUCGGGCCUGAUGUUCGGCUCUGUCAUAAUCUUCCUGCUGUGCCACAAGGAGCGGGUGCUGGACACCCAGCUGAGUGUGGAGGCCUCGGCGGGUAUCGGCCUCGGCAUCGGCCUGCUGUGUGGCCUGGUCACCAUGCUGGUGCGCUCCGUGGGUCUCUUCAUGACGGGUCUGUUACUGGGCCUGCUACUUGCCCUCGCCACCCUGCUGGUCACCCACCAGUUCUACACACCCACCACCGUCUGGGUGCCCCUAGGGGUGCUGCUGGGCACGGGUAUGCUGUUCGCCGUGCUCACCCUACAGUGGCAGAAGCUCUUCACCGUGUUGUCUACGUCUGUGUUCGGGGCGGCCAUUAUGACGGUGUGCGCCGACUACUUUGUGGAGAUGCUGGCGCUGGCCAGACACGCGUAUCAGUGCUUGAGGCUGUCACCGGCGCCGUCGCUCUGCUGGUACAGCUGGGUGAUCAUGGGUAUCUGGCCGGCACUCAGCUUCAUGGGGGUGCUGGUGCAGUGGAAGCUGACAGCCGUGGGGUUCUCACACACUGAGGUCAUCAUCAGCAGGAGGCAGAAACGGGUCCAGUUGAUGCGGAUCAGACAGAAAGAUGUCAAGAAGCGCCAGCAGAACAGUGGGCAGGAGGGCACAUACCGUCGCAAGCCCACCCCUGUCAAACGCUAUGCCGGAGACCUACUGGCACCGAGCUACCUGCAGAGUCUUAGGGACAGACAGAUGGGCACAGGCAACUCCCUCAGCAGCCUGGGCACUACCAACCACACAAUAAUCGACUUUGACAACGAGACAAGCUCCACCGUACCCCUCACCGUCACCACACCUGUCAACAGGGUCUGAUGCACCGAGGGACAAACAGGGGACGACCACUUGUUUCUUGUCCCUCCACCACAGUCCUCCUCCCUAUGUAGUGUACUGUUGACCCUACAGACUACUCUUUCAGGCAAUGUGAGAGUCUAUUGAAUAAUGGACGUUCCUUACAUUGACUUGGAAAAGGGCCUUGAAUGCUGUCCAAGUGAAGAUCAAAGCACACCUCCAGUGUACUGUACUGUACCUCGUUUGGAAUGGCAGACUGGAAGGCGAUGUAAUGGUUCCUCCAUCUGUGAGCUGUUCCCUGAGAGUGGUUGGUGUUUGGCCCCCCGUUUGAUGUGUGCUGUAAUCACUCUUUCAAUAGACUGGGCCUGUGUGGCCUUUCCCUGUGUUGUCUGCUCUGAGCGGUGGCAGGUACAUGUGAAAAGUCUGAAGGCCACUUCUGCUAGAGAGAAACAAACAGAGAGUGAGAACUGAAAUGCUAUGGGGUUAGGACAGAGCAGAGUACACAGUCGGAAGAAGAAGAAGGAGCAGAAAUGAUCUCAUCUGACUUCUGAGGUCGUAUACUUUCUCUGGUGCCAUUAUGUGAUUGUUUGAUUACAUGUAGGAGAAAUCACUUGACUGAUGAAAACAGACUUGUUUUUGCGAGAGCUACCUCCCCGAGUGAUUUCAACUUUUAUAAUUGGAGUUAACUGUGCUUUAAUGACUUGAAAUGAACCAGUGGUGUGUAAACUCGGGUCAACCGCCUCACAGAACAGGACACCAGCUGAUGUUGACAAGGCACUGUGACGGGACAAAGAAGAGGACAUUUCGAGACACAUUUCUCUGACCAGUGUUUUCUGUCUGUGUGAGUGUGUGUGCAUUUGUAAUGUUAAGGUGUGUGCAUUACUGUUUACUUGUCCCUUUUUCGAAGUAACUGCCUGUAUAGUUGAGUGUAGAAGGUUCAGGUCCAGAGAGAUACACGGCAGCCAUUUUGUGCCUAAAUACAAUAGAGAUUACAUGGGCAACUGUUACAAGUGACAUUUACGUUUGUUUUCAUUGGAACUGCAGUGCCAUUUUUAGCGGUAGCAAUACUGCAAUACUAUACAAUGUUGUUUUAAACCAUACUUGGUUAUGCCAGUUAUUUUUGAGCAGUGGCUUGUUUUCAUUACAAUUUCUAGGCAGUUUUACCUGUGUAGUACCUGUAUUCAGUAAUGUAUAUGAACAAUAACAUUGAAGGAAUGUGCUAUGGAAAAUAUUUUAGCAUACAUUUGCUGUACUCUAGGUUACUAAGGAAUUAUCAGUGUUUUUAAAAUUGUAAUUUACUUUUGUUUUAGAAUUUUAGAGGGACAGUAGGCCUACUCUCACUCAGUACUCAACUAUUCUGAAUCUGUACAGAAUUGUCAAUAGGAAAUUGAAAGAUAAACCAUUAAAUUAGUUUAAAAACAAAA